ACAUGACGGCCCAAGAACUUCCCUGAUAUUCUCAAACUGAAACCCUAAAUGAGUUCAAAUUCUAACAAAGCCAACUCCACUCUCAACUCUCUAGGGCUCACACUCUCACCGCCUUCUCCAUGGGAGGAGUUGGAGCAGCAGCAACAAACUCGGAUGAUCGGUACACCUUUGAGAAAGUAUCUGUUUGGUGGGAUCUAGAAACCUUCAAAGUCCCAAAUGAUGUAGAUCCUUGCCAUGUUUCAGCUAAUGUCCAUUCGGAACUUAUUCGAAUGAACUACCAUGGUUCCGUUUCCUUCUUCUGCUACGCCGACGUAAAUAACCUUCCUGAUUCUGUAGCCAUUGCUCUCCAAUCCACCGGAGUUCACAUCACACAUGUUCCAGUCGCCGAUGACAAAGAUGUAAUUUCUAAGAGGAUCCUUGUCGACAUGAUGCUCUGGGCAAAGGACAACCCUGCACCUGCAAGUUAUUUAUUGAUUUCGGGUGGUCACGAUUUUUCUUAUGGCAUCUAUCGACUCCGAUUGAUGAACUAUAAUAUUCUACUUGCUACACAACCCCAAAAUGUAUCUUUAAGCCUACUUGUGGCUACUAAGAAGCUAUGGGUUUGGACUCGUCUUGCAGCUGGAGGACCUUCAUUAUCCGAUGAAGAAUACGAACAGCUCUUAUCUGAGAUGCAAGCCAAAGAAAACUCAGAGAAGUAAUUGCAUAUAUAUCCUACUGGAUCUAACUUAGAAUUCCCUUGUCUAAUGCUUAUGCUUAAUUCAGUCUUCCUAUAUAAUGUCAUUUUUACAAUGAUUAUAACAUACUCCA